AUGUCUUCACGAGCUGAGCAAUCGCGGGACGACGACCUCUCGGCUGACGCUGAUGUCGAGAGCAACAGCGGAUAUGACAAUGACGUAGCUCCGUCAGAAGGAUCGCCGCUCCUCUCCAACGACUUGCCCCGCGACCUCGUUCCCUCCAGAGGGUUUCAGCGACGCGUCUUGCUUAUGUGUCUUGUCUCGCUGUUUAUUGUUGAAGUGAGCGAGUUCAUCACGGAUCCACCGCAGCAAAAGAUUAUAGAGGACAUUAUAUGUCGGGGAUAUUAUCCGGACCAUGUUUUGCAGAUAAAGGAUCAACGUUGCAAGGAUAAUCAUGUUCAGAAGACGUUGGCGAUGGUUCGGGGGUGGCAUCUGGCCUUUGGGAUGGCAGUUCCCAUCUUGCCGCAGUUUCCAUUCGGAAUCAUAGCUGAUAAAUAUGGAAGACGGCCCGUCUUGUUUCUAUCACUCCUUGGCGCCUUGCUCCAGACAGCAUGGGUCAUGAUGGUUUUAUAUUUCCCAGAUGUCUUUUCCAUCUGGGCUAUUAUCCCCGGAAGCCUCUUCUUCCUCAUCGGAGGUGGAGGUCCAAUGGCCGGCGCCAUGGUCUGGACAAUUGUAGCCGACGUCGUGCCCACUGCUGAACGAACUGGCGUCUUCUUUCGCCUCUUCGCCGCCAGCUUGCUCUUCAACGUCAUGGUUAACCCUAUCUCGGCUUGGCUGCUCAAUUAUGACCCAUGGCUGUCCAUGUGGAUAGGCCUUGGCUUCCUCAUUGCAGGUACCUUGUCGGUUCUGCUCAUCCCAGAAACUCUCCGGUUCCGACAAAAGGCUGAUAAUCGUCGACGACAUGGUCCUGGACACGAGGAUGAUGCUGAACCUGAGGAACACGGACAUGGGGUCUCUUUGAGCAAGCACAGCGUCCUGAAGCAAGCCUGGUUUACGGUCAAGAACGACAUGCAGCACGUGCGGCGAUUCAUCUUUGCGUCCAAGACCGUCAUAAUGCUCAUACUCACAGUCGCAACCUAUCUGCCGAUCAGGGUUGCGUAUAACGGCAUCUUGCUACAGUACAUGACAAAACGCUUCAACUGGGAGUGGUCUACAGCUACAUAUAUCUCCACAGUGGGCGUCCUGUCGACCGUGAUAUGCCUGCUUGUCGUUCUCCCCAUCGCAUCGCAUUUGCUCAAUGGGAGCUCUCGCUUUAGAUCACGUCCCGUGAACAGAGAUCUGAUUCUGGCGCGCAUCUCGCUGGUAUUCGUGUCUUUCGGAGGGCUACUGAUGGCCUUUGCAGGAGGCCCAUGGCUCUUCAUCAUAUCUCUCGUCAUUACAAGCUUCGGCCAUGGAUUCAACGCUCUCUGCAGGGCCGUUCUCAAUGCCGUGGUGGAACCGCACACGAUCGCAACACUGAACACCACCAUUACUCUCAUUGAGAUGGUCAUGGGACUUGUGGCUGCUCCGGCUACGAGUUGGCUGUUUAGCCGUGGCAUGGACCUGGGUGGCGCUUGGAUGGGGCUGCCGUUCCUUGCCAUAACAGGGCUGUCGGUUGGAGUCUGUGUGAUGUUGUUUACCGUGAGAGUGCCUCAUGGCGUGGCUCAAGCCCACAGUGACUGA